GAGGACAAUUCACAAGUGGGGGCGUACAGCCCAUGCUCUCUCGCUUACCCACUUCACACAACUCUCUCUCUCUCUCUCUAGAGACUGUAUUCGCGACGCCUUUUCUGCUGCCAUAUUCGAGAAUCAACACCCCAUGAGCUAGCGGGUUGAUCAGAUCAAGAGGAAUAGUGGGCUCUAUCUUGUGGUGGAUGUUUAGAUCUGGGCUUCGGAAAAGGAAUGAUUUUUCCGAGUUUUGGUUGUAGCACUAGUGUCACCUGUGGAUGAAGUAUUGGUGUAGAUCAAUUCUCCAUUGGGUUUCUCAGUUUAUUGCAUGCAUGGGGUCAGUUCUUUUAGCUCCCCCUCCCUAUCUGUUUGUUUGUGUGUGUGUGUGUGAGAGAGAGAGAGAGAGAGAGAUUCUUGAAUGAUUAAUCAAUUUGUGCUAGUAGAAUAUCCUAAAAUGUUUGAUUUUUUUCAGGAAUGAUUGGUUUAUUUAGCUGUAUAUUUAUGUUAUCUCGAGUUUAAAUUUGGUGGGCAGCUGAAAAUUGAGUAAAAUUGGACUGUUUAUUUCUGUAUGUGGAAUUCACCUUUCUGGAAUGUAGGCCAGCAUGAGGAAUAAAAAUAGUUGUUUGCAUAAGAAUUGUAGGGCACUUUUUUUCUUGAGAUUUUGGGUUUACUAUUUUAGAUAGUCUUACUUUUGUUCUUCCUUUUGUGGUUUGGAAUCUUAGUUUUGCUUGUCUAUUAAGCAAGCAACAAUAGUGUGUGCCAACAGAAAGUUUUGUUAUGUCUCUUUCUCUUGCUUCAUGCUUUUGCUAGGCUGCAUGGAGUUUGUUUGAGUCAUGCGUAGGUGUCUCUCGAAUUCUUUUUAUUAGCAAUAGCAUGAGAAGGCAUUUGUGAAUGGGGAACGGGUGAGAUUAGAAAGCGUUGGCAAUUAUGUAUGAUGGGUGCCGGUUGCUUGUAGAGAUGGAAACUUGUGCGAAAAGGCCUUCGUAUUCUCUCUCGUGGUGUUAUAGAGAGUACUUUGAAGAAUUCUUCGGGUUGAUUAUGGAAAGGUUGAAGAAUAAGUGCAGGGAGUUUUUCCUUAGCAGAGGUUGUCUUGGAUGUUGUACCAAGCCACCGCUUGUAAUUUCCGUGGAUGAGCCAUCGAAGGGGCUCAAGAUUCAAGGCCAACGCGUGAAGAAACACAGUUUAACAGAGGACUUUUGGAGCCCCAGUUCGGGUGAUAUGGACAACAGCGCCUUUCCAUCUCAUAGAAGUGUCUCAUCAAUCAGCACUUCGAACCAAACACUUGAUACUCACAGUAGCACAGGUGGCACAAGCAACUCCUCCGAAUUCGUAAAUCAUGGGCUUCUUCUUUGGAACCAAACAAGGCAGCAGUGGGUAGGAAGUAAAGGAUCCCAAAAACCGGGACAAGCGCAAGAGCCUAAACUGAGUUUCAACGCGACUUAUGAGAGUUUGCUCGGGACCAAUAAGCCGUUCCCUCAACCCAUCCCGUUGACGGAAAUGGUGGAUUUCCUAGUUGAUGUGUGGGAGCAAGAAGGGCUUUAUGAUUGAUGAGUAGUGGCAAUUGAGGUUGAGUUGGAUCAUAUAUAUCUAUAUAUAUAUAUGUUGUGAAUUGAAUCAAACCUAUAAAAACAGAAGCUGUUUCCUCUUGUUCUAUAAAAGCUCUUAACUUUGCCAAGUUUGUAAUUAGCUUGUUUUCUUUUGCUCUGUUUAUUCAUAUUCACUUUAAAGACAA